GUUCGUUCUUUCUCCUGUCUGUCUGAUAUAUAUGUAUCUGAAAGCCACAGCAGUACAGCACCCUCACAGCCUGCCUGUAUUCGCAGUUUCAGCUCACCACAACCUAUCUUCUGAAUCACCUCUGUGCACUCAUGGGUUGCUGCGGUACCAUGUCCUCGUCGUCGAAGCCGAAGGGCAUCAGGGAGGAGACGCUGCUCCGCGUCCCAGGCGCGUCGGUGCACCUCAUGACCGCCGGCUCCGAGGGGCCCCUCGAGCUCGGCCGUGGCGAACUCUCCAUCGUGAGGAUCGUCAAGGACGACACGGCCGUGGUGGCCACCGUGGUGCGCGUCGGCCGCGACCUUGGCUGGCCGCUGGCGAGAGACGAGCCGGUGAUCAAGCUCGACCGGCUGCACUACCUCUUCACGCUUCCUGACAUGGACGGCGCGCUCCUCAACUACGGCGUCUCCUUCGACGCUAAGGCUGCUGACGCCACCCUGCUGGCGUCCCUGGACGCGCUCCUCAAGUCCACCUCCUGCUUCUCCACACCUUCAGCACCGUCGAGGAGCUCGUCAAAGCAGCCGCCGUCAUCGCCAGACAGGUACUGGAACGACUUUGCACCAAAGAUAGAGAGCUACAACGGGGUGCUCGCCAAGGCGAUCGGCGCGGGCACCGGCCACCUCGUCAAGGGCAUCUUCAUGUGCAGCGACGUCUAUGCCAACCAGGUUCAACGGGGAGCCAAUCUGAUUAGCCCUCAAGCUGCCGGCAGCGCGAGCAAACGAUUCGACGGCUCCGGUGGAGCUGACCAGAACAACAAGGCAGCUGUGAAGCGUGGAGCUGUCAGUAAGAGCCUCAAGAGGGUCAGGGAACUAUCAGAGAUGUCCGAGAAGAUGAGCAAGUCGAUGCUCGACACGGUCCUCUCGGUGACGGGGUCCAUGGCCGCGCCGCUGCUCCGUUCCAACCAAGGGAAAGCCUUCCAGUCCUCCGUCCCAGGAGAGGUCAUCCUGGCCACUCUUGACGCCAUCAAUAAAGUCAUGGACACGGUAGAGGCUGCCGAGAGGAACACAAUUGCUGCAACAUCCAACGUCGUUUCUGGUGCAGUGUCCAAGAAGUUUGGGGAUAGUGCGGGGGAGGCGACCGGGGACGCGUUCGCGACGGUCGGACACACAGUGGGGACUGCGUGGAACCUCUUCAAGAUACGGAAGGCCGUCACCCCGUCGUCCUCCGUUCCGGGGAACAUGGUCAAGAACGCCGUCAGGAACAGAAAGUGAGGCGGUUGUUUGCCCCCGCAGCAGAGCGACCAUGCCAGUCUACCAACAGGCAGUAAAUGCUGGUUGUGCUGCGAGGAUCAUGUGCUAAUACUUGAGUAUAAAUUGUAUAAUAAUGUUUCUGUUUCGACAACUUCAGAUCCACUGAGAUAUUAUGGUUACAAACUAUCACAGCAAUCCAAAGAAAAGGAACCAAAUGCACACUACUUAUCGUUGUGAGAA